UCCAAAAAUGUACGAAGAAAGUAGUUGCUAUGAUGAUCCCAAUGCAAUGGUUUCACAAUCAGAGGGAGUUAUGUCUGCCACACAGACCCACAACCACAACCACAACAACAACACCGCCUUUGCCUACUCUUAUUCCAGUGGAGAAGAUGCUGCAAAUGCAAAUGCUAACGCUGCAAUAGCAAUGGAAAUCAUUGCAGAACACCCUCAACAAAAUCAAUACAAUUAUAGCAACACCCCACUUGAGAAUCAUCACCAACUUCCUUAUCCCACACCAACAGUACCAGAUCUCCUUAACCUUCUCCACUUCCCAAACCCUAUUCCAGGAGAUAAUAGCACAAACGUCUCCUCUGUCUCCUAUGACCCUUACUUGCAUCUCAACCUGCAGCAGCAACAACAACAACCUACCCUCAGAGACUUGCUUCCACACAUGCCGGCUCUAAGUAAUGAUUUCCCCUUCGCUGGCCACGCCGUCGAAGGAGAAGGCAUUCAAGGCUUUGGAAAUGGAGUGGUGGACUUCACUCAAGAUGUUGGGAAAAAGAGAGGUGGAAAAAGGACCAAGCAGUUCACUAGCACCAUCACUGAGAAACAAAGGAGAGUGGAUUUGAGCAGUAAAUUUGAUGCUUUGAAAGAACUCAUCCCAAACCCCUCCAAGAGUGAUAGAGUAUCAGUGGUAGGAGAUGCUAUUAACUACAUCAGAGAGCUUAAGAGGACAGUGGAAGAACUCAAAUUACUGGUGGAGAAGAAGAGGCAUGAUAAACAAAGGGUGAUGAUGAGGAGGAGGCACGAGGUUGAAGCUGAUGAAGGUGACUUCUCCAACCUGCAGGAACCAGAUCAAUACAGUGAAAACUUAAGAAGUUCUUGGAUACGGAGAAAAUCCAAAGACACCGAGGUUGAUGUGCGCAUUGUUGACAACGAGGUCACAAUUAAGCUUGUUCAGAGGAAGAAGAUCGAUUGCUUGGUGCAUGUCUCGCACCUUCUCGAUCAACUUAACCUUGAUCUCCAACAUGUUGCUGGUGGCCACAUUGGCGAUUUCUGCAGCUAUCUCUUCAAUACCAAGAUAUGUGAAGGUUCAUCACUUUAUGCAAGUGCCAUAGCCCACAAGCUCAUUCAGGUCAUGGACACAAGUUUUGCAGCAGCGUCACUCGCUUAAUUAAUAUCAUUGGGAUCGCUUCAGCACCAAGAGUGCUGUGCUUCUUAUUACCAAACUACUCGAUUUUUGCUUCUUGUUUACCUGUUAUUUUUCCUUACUCUUUGGUAUCUCAGUAUUUCUUAAAUUUAUCCUAGCUAGGUUCAAAGAAUAGGUAUAUAUAUAGAUGGAAACAAGAACUAUAUUAGUUUAAUUGGUGUUCUUCUACUUUAAAAUACUGACAGAAUUACAAAUAUGUUUUAGGGAAAGAUAUCAAAGACGUGCACAACUUUUGGUUCAA